GCAAGAACUUGAACUUUCAAGAGGAAGCCACGAGAGCGCGCUACAGAAGGCAAAGCAGGGAAGCAGCAGCAGUUGCUGAAGAAGUGCUGCCUAACGUUUUACUUUGGGCCCAUCUUCGUGAGCUAAGCUCGUCUUUACAUGUGCGUGCGCUUGCACAGAGCUGUUGUGAGAGAAGAACAGCUUUUGCAAGUUUUCAAGCCAGAAAUCCACUGCAAACCUGAACCCUGCAAAGAUUGAGGUUGGGGCAGUAGAGGAGCUCAUCAAAACAUUAAGUGAAGCUUGUUACUGGUGGUAUCAUUGCUCAGCAGGUGUCCAAAUUAGUCUGAUUGGUGCCCUAUCCGCAGGUAGUGGAGAGUUGAUCACACAAGGGGGUGGAGCUCAAGAGUAGAGAUGUUGAAGUCUAUGGUGGCGGAAUAAAGCUGAGUUUUCAGUCCAAUGUGAGUUUGUCUUGAAGGCCAAGGGGUGUGGGGUCAAUUGUCGCGAUUGGUUUACGCAGUCAAACAAUCUAGCAGUUGACUGAACGCCCUUAGGAAGGUUUACCAAGUGUUAGUGCUUCCAGGUUGCACUUCCAAGCAGAUACGAUUGGAAGUUGUUCCAGCUUCCGUUUGAUGCAAAAUCAGUCUGUAAAGGCAGAGAAAGGUUUUCGGGGGUAGCCUUUCUCCGUUGUCUGGCUGCUUGCACAGUCACCUGAGGGACUGAGGCCCUUUGGUCUCUGUGAAAGGGGCACUUGGUGAAGUUUCCGCAGUGCGGUUAGCGACUGAGGUUACGGGUUACGCGUGACGUCAGCAACGGGUAGGAGACUGGCAGGUGGCCUUCACGGCUGCCUGCGGGCCUAGGAUGGUCCUGGCACAGCAUGGCAAAGAAUGAGCCGUCUCUAGUUCCUGAGUGGUUGAGGCAGGGCCACGGGAACAGCCACCAAAGCCAGGCCCACCAUCGUUACCACGGUGACGGUGGUGGGCCUGCCACCCCUCGCCGGCACUCCGGCCGCGACUCCGAGCCUUCCCCAUGGGUGUCCGGAAGCUACGUACCCCCUGGGAGGCGCAGUUCUGGGGCGGAGCGGCCGCCGUACGACCGCUCCACCUCCCUUUCCCACUUCAGGGGGGUAAGCAGCUCCCUGAGUAAUGAGGCCGAGAGGGGCGAGUCUCAGGGGGGGGGCCAGGAGAAGCAGUCACCGGAGGGCAAGCAGCGGAGGCAUGGGGAUGCAUUGGAUCCUCGCAGAUUGGGAACAGAAAGUGGGGCGGGGGGAGGGGAGCAAGCGUCGGGCCCGAGCUUGCCGACCGCCAUGCCGACGACCACAGGCACGCUCGCGAGCAACGUGCAGAAGGCGGCGUUCGAGCGGAACUUUCCGGUGCUCGGGGAUAAGUUUGGGCGGUUCAUGCCGUCGAUGAACAGUCUUCCGAGUCCUCGGAGGGAGGAGAGGGAGGGGUGGAGCUCCAGGCUGGCGGAUCUGCCGUCCCCAGCAGUAAGGGGGGGUCCGAGUGUAAACGGGGCUGGUGCGCCGGAGAGUCCUACAAUAGCAGAGGGAGGGCCACGCACGCCCAGGAUGGCCGAGGCGCUGCAGCAGGGGAUGCAGGAACAGCAGCAGCGGUCGAUGCCGAAUGCACCGUUGGAGAGUCACAAGCAGGAAGAGCUUGUGCUGAAGAAGAUGAAGCAGUUGAUACCGCUGAAACCAACCAUGCCAAAGAACCUGCUUUUGAAGCCGUCAAAGAAGCCGCUGCAUUCGAGCACGCCCCAGCCGGCCGUUCUGGAUGCAAAGCCCAUCGCCCGGCGGACCGACGACCCGUCCUUGUCCGGAGCCAGAAAAUCCCUUCCCGGGCCAGCAAACGGCAGCGUUGGCAGAUUACAAGUCCCCGGUUCACCCUCACUCCUGGCCAACGCCCCAGCCACCCCCCCGUCUCCUGCCGCUAACGGUUCGAACCCGGGCAACGGUCCCAAAGUCAGUGCGGCCACCCAGAAGCGGAACGACUUUCUGAAGGGGCUCCGGAAGAAGGCCCUGUCGCCCAAGGACCGCACUCCGGAGAGCAACGGUGCGGCAGGAGAGGCUGGUGGCGCCGCCCGCGAGCAAGGCCCGCCCAGCUUCCGGCAGUGGGACUCCAUAGAAGCCUCCCCUGACAGCCAAGGGGCCCCGCGCGUUGUAGCGAGUCGUGCAGAAGAGGCACCGUCAAUACGACACGAAAAUGGGGCUGCGAACGGCCUGCCGCCGAACGGUUACCUGAACGGGGCGGGUGCUAAGGGGGGUGUUAACAGAAGCGCGGGUGACGUGGAGCUUGUGGGAGAACCAGAGGGGGAGGAGGCCGAUUUACUUCGGUCUCUGGGAUGGACCGGGCCGGACACUGAUGAUGAGGAGGGAGCGCUGACCGAGGAGGAGAUUCGUGCCUUCUUUUCGCAGACCGCAAAGCUGAAUCAACAGCCGAAAGCCGUGUAUCAAAACGGAGCCCAGACGUAUGAACCGACCAGCCCAAUUUCCGUCGCAUCUGUGGCGCGACAGGGGAUCCCUCUGAAACCGGAGGUCAUUGUCGGGAGUUACAGUAGCCUCUCCUCGGGUCUCAGCUCGUCCGAUGACGAGUCGGACUAUUAGCAGCCCGUGUAUACUGCCUGUUUGUUGUCUUAGUAGCGUCGUCCUGUCGUGUGUACCACAGCGUGCUUGUAAACCGAGUACCUCAAACGAAGAGAUGAAGAGGUAUUAGUACGCAUUUUGAAAGCUAUAGUCCUGCACUUGAGCGCUGCAAAGGUCAAGGGUUCGAUCCGAGUGCAGGGUUUCGUCAAUAAGUUUGUUGGAACGAACCUGUUCCCUUUUCCGCCUUGCAAGGAACUUACGCCUUGUUCUACCAGAAACAGAACUGAUCACGAUCCAGCCGCAGCUGGAACUGGCUUGAAAGUCAAGCACUGAUGUUCGGAGCCGCUGCAUCCGUUCAUACUUACUCCCA